ACCAUGCCCCGAGGCCGGCCGGCCGCAGCAUGGCUCACGGGCCCGGCGCGCUAAUGCUCAAGUGCGUGGUGGUGGGCGACGGGGCGGUGGGCAAGACGUGCCUGCUCAUGAGCUAUGCCAACGACGCCUUCCCUGAGGAGUACGUGCCCACUGUCUUCGACCACUACGCAGUCAGCGUCACCGUGGGGGGCAAGCAGUACCUCCUGGGACUCUAUGACACAGCUGGACAGGAAGACUAUGAUCGUCUGAGGCCUUUAUCUUACCCCAUGACUGAUGUCUUCCUCAUAUGCUUCUCUGUGGUAAAUCCAGCCUCAUUUCAAAACGUGAAAGAGGAAUGGGUACCGGAACUGAAGGAAUAUGCACCAAAUGUCCCCUUCUUAUUAAUAGGAACUCAGAUUGAUCUCCGAGAUGACCCCAAAACUUUAGCAAGACUGAACGACAUGAAAGAAAAACCUGUCUGUGUGGAACAAGGACAGAAACUAGCAAAAGAGAUAGGCGCAUGCUGCUAUGUGGAAUGUUCAGCUUUGACCCAGAAGGGUUUGAAGACUGUUUUUGAUGAGGCUAUCAUAGCCAUUUUAACUCCAAAGAAACACACAGUUAAAAAAAGGAUAGGAUCAAGAUGUAUAAACUGUUGCUUGAUUACGUGAGAAAAGUCUGUAGCGGCCAAGGAAACUGUCCAUUUCUCCCAGAAAGCAUUUGAAAUGCUAUGGCAAUGUCCUGACCUCUUACAACGAAGCAGUUUAACUCGAGGGGGGGAGGGAACCUGUCCUCAGCAUUCUACAGAGUUCACAGAGAAUGUUUCUUAAAGAUCUAAGCGGCAGCAAACAGCAUCUGAAGCCACAGUCUACUAUAAAUACUUUAUUUCAACUAGAAGGUACAAUCUCUCAGGGGUUUCAUAGUUAAAAGCUACAAUCACAUCACGUUGAGACAACAUUGACAAAACAACAGUGCUGUAAAUGGAACCGCUUGGCUUUGACCAUCCACCUCUGCACAGCCCUUAUGGAAUCUGCACCAAGAAACAGCUUCUCCCCUUCCUCCUCUUAACUGCUCUUGUAUGCGAGUUGCUUUCUAUUCCAGUAUAUCCAGAGUGGUGAGCUCACCAGGCCAGCCACGUAGCCAAAGGUUGCUCCGAGUGUACAGGAGAUGGGCCACACCUGAGGAAAGAAUUAUGAAAUCAAAACCAACUGAUGUUUUAUUAUUACUUGAGCACAAAUUAAGUGUAACAUAAACAUUUCUAUAGCGAAGCUUAAUGUGCUUUCUUAAAGAAUGCCAAAAGUUUAAUAGGUCAUAAUUGCAUUUACCAUGAACACUAAAAUGUACACAUUUUAAUUAAUGUGCAUCAAAAGGUAACAAGGCUUCUGGCAACUGUAGAUUUAGUUUGAUGUUCCCCAAAUUGCAUGAAAUACAUGCUAAGGUACAAAUUUAAAAAUUGGGUCAUAGUUUGCCAUAAUCCUCAACUCAGUUUAGCUUUCUGAGUUAGUUGGUCAUUUUUCUAAUUCCCACUUUGGCUGUGUACAUCAAAGGAAACAAUAAGAGAGUAGGCUGACAAACCUUAGAAACCUUCAGUUGUGUCAGAGGGAAGACCUAGAAUCUAAGCAUGUUCCGUGGAAUGUGUGGGUGUUUUGCUUCCAUGAGCUACAGAUACCGUAGCCACAGAGGGUACAGCCCACAGCUUAUACACACUGAUAGAGUACAAGGCAAACAAUACUACAGGCUUCCCAAGAUGGUUUCUCCAGCCAUGCCAUACUUUAUUAAACCAGAACUAAAUAAUGGUGAUUUCUUUAAUGCCGCAGACAGGGUAUGCGGGUCCCUACAUAAAAAGCCCUGUGUAAAAAAAUAUGGGAAGCAAACUUCCAUGUCUCUUGUAAAGCUUAUUUGGUGUACUGGAGCCACUUCUAACCCUUCUCGGGGAAUAGGCCAUCACAGUGUACUGGAGACGAACCACCUUAAUAACUGGCUGGUACCAUUUGGUUUUCUUCCUCGGUCUGCUAUGGAUCUGCCUUAUUCUAAACGCCAUGCAACAGACAGUAGUGUUAGAUGAAGCUUCCGUGAGAACCACCUCAUGCAGUUUAGGGAAGCAAAUCUAAUCCAUUAUCGUGUUGCCGGCCUUUCUUAGAUUUAAAUUUGCUGUUGAUUAAACUACGACGUCUUUGUCUUUAGCGAGCUUCUGUUAUCUUCCAGGACUUGUGCUCACAGCUUUGUCUACUGCACAGAUUGGGUAAUGGAACACUAAACAUUGAUACUUGAAAAUGACAGCCUUAAAUGUUCACACCAGUCACAAAUCUAGAUGUACUGUUUUGCAUGUGACUUUGUAGGAGUUUUUGAAGUCUAAGCACCACACGCCCCCACUUGGUAGUGGACAGUCUACUGGACAAGAGCUUUCUCUUGGAAGUGGACGUGGGAUGUCUUUUUCUCCAAGCAGUUGUGGUUCACAUUAAGCAUCAUGGCCUUAUGUAUGCUCAAAUGGGAUUUCUGUACUUUUCCCAUUUUGUUUUGGUCUGUUUUUAGAUAGAAUUGAAAGAAACUGUAUAAUGAGUUAACAUGCUAGCUAAGUUGUCAAACCCAUGAUAUGAAGGAAUCCCGACAGUAAAGUGUUAUUCAUUUCCAAGUUGCCUUUGGAGAUUUGAUGGGUUUGGGUCUUGGUUUUUCUCUUUUUUUCUUCAAAUCUACAUCUGUGAAACCCUUGACACUUACUGUAUUAGGCAGUUAUGUUAAAGUCAAGAACUUUCCUGCUCCAGGAGAAAUGGAUUAAGAAUCGGGAAAGGUGCACUGGUGUCACCUCGGUCUCCUCAUGCUGUGACCGUGGGAACGCUCUCCAGUGUCCCCCCACUCAUGAGCUCUUUCACUCUCUUCUGAUUCACAGCAGCCAUAGUUGGGCAUCACUUUUUCAGCUUCCCUUUCUCCAGAUGUAAGAACCAUGUAUGUAGAUACUCGAACUCUAAGCAGACGAUUGUAUCAUCUGAACCUGAGGUGCCUUAGGUACUCUAUUUACCUUGAUGGGGUUUGGAGUUUCCCAUUGCUUGUUAAGAGCUCUUUGUGUUGGUUAUUUAGUAUUUCUUUUUGCAAAAUCUUCUCUGCCACUUUAACCAAAAAAACCAAAGAUUUGUUUUCUAUUCAUGGGCAGAUUAUAGAGAAUAUGCCUUAUUUUUCAGAAGCAUAUCUUCAUUAAAGGCUUAGGCUGCAACAGAAACUUAGACUCUGGAAAAUCCCUUUCAAACUAGUGAAAUACCUAAGAAAGAAAAUACUUUUCAAAACUAUUUUAUUAACAUGAAUUGUGCUAGUGAAUGCACUGCUUCAAAUAGGUCAUGUAUGAAUGAACUUAGAAGAAAUUAUAAUUCAUCAGUGUUUGCACAGAAAAUUUGUUCUAAAGUCCUUUAAAAUUGUUAGGGGAAUCUUGAAAUCUAAUAGAACUUUGCUAAUGUGUGCCCUUAUUCCAUCCUUACAUUGUAGCUUACUUGCAAUGAAUUAUAUUUCCAAUAAGUAAGAGCUUGGGUUCCUGCUAUUUGUUAUGAAUUAUCUUAGUUACUUUAGACAUUGCUUCCAUUUGAUUUUUUAAUUAUUGGUUUUAAAUACCAAAUUAAAUACUGGUUUGUUGGUUGUUGCUUUUUAAGUGAUUGUUACUUCAACAGUGUCCCUUCCUAACAUAUGGGGUCAUAAAUAAAAUGAAAUGCACAGUUUA